AUGGCCCCCUCCACCUGCCCGUCAUGUAAUCUGUUGCUCCACGCCCGACUGCGAGCACGACUAUCCUUCCUCGCCUCUCUCCGCUCCAGACGUCAAUCCCGAUCACUAAGACUCGCUCCGAAGCCCCUUCAACCAGCAUACCACUGGGACACCAUACCGCCGACAGAAUCCCAGCUCGAAGCAGCAACCUCUUUCAUCAAGACACAUGCGCCGCGCAAGCUCUGGACCGCCAGCGAAUGGCGCAAACGGAACGAAGCCGAAGACUCUUCCAACCACGGCCUCAAACACCAACUCACACCCGAAGUCGCCUUCCUCGGUCGCUCCAACGUGGGAAAGUCUUCUCUUCUGAAUGCCCUCCUUCAGACUCCCAAGCUGAAUCGAGUCGGACCCCGUCCGGGCAAAACGACCACCAUGCACGCAUGGGGUCUGUCUGCCUCGAAUCCCGAAACUGGAGGCGCAGGCCCAGGCGGGGAGAUGAAGAUUCGUCUCGCGGUCCUGGAUAUGCCGGGUUAUGGGUUUGCAAGCAGGGAUGAGUGGGGAAAGGAGAUUGUCACCUACCUACGACGGCGGAAACAGCUGAGGCGCGCGUUCGUGUUGAUUGAUGCUUUACAUGGAAUCAAGUCAGCGGAUGAGCAGAUGGUAGAAUUGCUGAGGAACGAGGGGAUAAGCUAUCAGGUCGUUGUGAGCAAGGCGGAUAGGUUGCUUGAAAGAGGAGGAAACAAAAAACUUCAAGCGUUCUUUGAGCUGGUCAGGAGGGAGAUUGUACAGCCGGAUGCUGGCAAAGGAUUUGACGGGCUCGGUGAGAUCUUGGCUGUUGGACAUCUAGGGGAUAGUAAGAAGAGCGUUAAGAUCAAGGAGCAGGACAUGUUAGGUAUUGAUCGCGUUCGAUGGGCAGUUCUGGUUGCUGCAGGUCUGGAACAAUGGGCUAUCACGAGGGCGAAUAAGGAAAAACGGACAGACAUCACAGACUCUAAACCACUCAUGCGAGAUGACGGGGUCAUGGUUCCAUGGAAAUCUGGAGACCACCACCUAGACGAUGGCGAACAACCAUCCUCCGCCCUAACCCAACCGCACGACUCCUCUCCACCAUCGUCCCGUACCCCGACGAACGAAGAAAAGGCAGGCGCUGAACGCACUCCCUUCUUCGCCUCCUCCGAGUCCAGCUCCACCUCAUCUUCAACCGCAGAAUACCACCGCGUCAGCGCCCUCGCCAGACUCGACAGCCGUCCCCUCGCGAAGAAAGCGAAACAGCACCAUGAACGCAUACCUGUGCCCGCCCGUCUGGCGUCCUUCCAAGUCGGCGGCCUCGCCGAACUAGAAGCCCAACUGCCCUCCAAAUCAUCCACCUCCAGCCGCAAAGGCUUUCCCUCCGAUCUCCGCUCCUCCAAGAAAGACGGCAAAGCAGCAUCACCAGCAGCCAAGAAUUCAGUCCAGAUGUCCGACCAUCUGGAAAGGAGACCCACCUUGACACGCGAGCGAAUCGCAAAAACCGCGUCGAGGAGAGCUGCCGAGGCCACCGACGCCGAUUACCGAGCGCGGGAACGUCACUCCCCAGGAACAGAAACGAGGUCGAGUUACACGAGCAGCCCCCCACCCCCUCCACCACCCAAUCCCGCAACGAACUACGCCAGCCGUCCACCACCCCCAAGGAUGCUGACCAGCAGGGGCAGGCGCGGUCGAGGAAGCGGUCGAGCUGAUGGAGUGGAUGGCGAAAAGAAAAGGGAGAAGAACAAGAUGAAGAAGGAGAAAGUGAUCAGGAUGCGACAUGGCAAGGCCAAGGGCGCUUUCAAAGCCGCCGCCAAGGCGAGGGCGUUGGCUCGCCCGGGCAAUGUGGGCUGGUGA